AUGCCAGAAUACGAACUUCAAUCAGACUUUUCAUUUGCCGGUGGUAUCCCGGAAGCACCUUUCAAGCUACAUGAGUCAAUGAUUAAAAAGUUGGAUCCGGAGUAUGUGAGAUUUUUCAAUUCUACUUUGAGCAGCAACCCCAAUAUUGCUUAUACUCAUAGAGUUCCAUUAGAGGAAUUAAGGAAAGCAGGAAAUGUGAUUCCUGGCCAGACACCGCUAUCUGAGAUGGCAAAAACUUACGACAUAGAAAUACCAAGAAAGCAUACGAAGGCUGCUAAAUCGAUCCCUGCUAGGGUAUUUGUACCAAAUGCAAAUAAGCCCGAUGAGGGUUGGCCCUUGUUAGUUUGGUUCCAUGGUGGGGGAUGGGUUCUCGGAAGUUUGGACACGGAAAACUCAUAUUGUACGAAGGUCGCUGACCUUUGCAAGUGUGUAGUUAUAAGUGUGGACUAUAGAUUAGCUCCUCAAGAUCCAUUUCCAGCAUGCGUUGAUGAUUCAUUUGAAGCUGUCCUUUGGGCUUUCGAAUCAGGUCCUACUGAACUAGAAAUUGAUUCUACUAAGAUAUGCGUAGGGGGCUCUUCGGCUGGUGGUAAUUUGACAGCUAUAGUUACACACAAGUAUGCCAAUUCAAAAGCAACAACAGAAUUACCUCCGAUAUGUUUUCAGCUUAUGGUUGUACCUGUUACUGACAAUUCUGCUACUCCUGAAACACAACCAUCUUGGGGAGAAAAUAAAUAUACACCUCAGUUACCGGCUGAGAAAAUGAUAUGGUAUAGAACCUUAUAUUUACAAAAUGGAGGUGAUGAAUACACUAACCCUGAAUCAUCACCAUUGUUUUAUCCUGAUGAAAGUUUUGCUAAGCUCCCUCCUUGUUUCAUAGCUGCUGCAGAAUGUGAUGUAUUGAGGUCAGAAGCUGAAGCAUAUGCUAGAAAGUUAAAAAACAACGGUGUUCCAACUGAAAUAGUAAUUUACCCCGGUGUACCACAUCCAGUCAUGGUUAUGGAUGCGAUAUUACAACAGGGCAGAGAUCUAAUCCAGGAUACUACAGAUUCACUUAAAAAAGCAUUCUAUACUUAA